AUGCUGGAGCCGAGUGCAAUCCAUAGCUAUGAGCCACCUGCAUAUCGGAACAACCCACCCUCGCCAUCUGAGGGGCCACCACCAAGUUUGCCCUUCCACUGUGCAGUACUGGAGGCUGCAGAUUCCCUUGGUGGCCCUUCCCCAGGCUUGCUGCACUCAUUGCGCGAACAGGGCUGCAAACUCAUUUUGGCCCAAGUAGAAGACUUGGAGGAUUUGGAGGAGAGGACUGAGCCACCCAGAGAAAGGGAGGAUGCGCGAGAUUCUAGUCCCUUCCGACGGAACUCACGGCCCCGGGCCUAUCGCCCAACCUCUCUGAACCGGGAGUGGUAUGACGCUGUCUUUGACAAGGUCUUAUCCAUUACUGGAGAGGAGGGGAGAGGCAUCAGCCCGCUGGAGCGUUUCUUUGCCGAUGAGGGGUUGCCUGCUUCGCAAGCUGUUUGCUUUGCCUGCACCGAUGCGGGUGCAAAGGCUUUUGGUGCUGUGGAUGCCGGUCUCGUGCUUGCACCGUGCCACGACAAAGUCUGGCGCCGAGAAGAGGAGGUGGUGCAUCUGCCGGGAGCUGACGUCGCGCUGUCACAAAGCCCGACGCCCCGUCAGCUCGCUUGGCUCCACGAAGUCUAUACGCAGAAGCUGUGGUGCUGUUGCAUGUGGCUGGCGCCAGCUGUCGGGGAGCUGCAGCACAUGAAAGGCUUGCCGAGUGACGGUCCUUCCGCCUAUGAGAGAGCGACCAUAACCAGCGUGGCCAGCGGAACUCUGCAGGCCCUUGGGCAUCCACCCUGGUCUCCUGCAUCUAAAUGGGAACCUUGGAAAGAGAACGAGGAGUAUCCCUGCAUGGCACAGUUGGGAGACGAACUUUGUGCGUGUCCAGACUGGACCCCAUUGGAGCCCCGUUUCCGUUCUAGAGGGAGAAGUUUGAAAGAGCUCGUGUCGCUGCCAGAGGUGGCGAUCUACUGCCACUCGUUGGAUGUUGGCCUUGCGAAGGUGCACCACUUGAUUGAAGCGCAAGAUGUGAAUGGCCUGGCGGUGCGUGUCAGCAGCAAUCGUCUUUGCAGCCUCUGCCGCGAGGGGAUUGCGGCCACAGAAAUGUCUGUGACGCUGGUGUCAUGCAGCCAUCAGAACUGGCCGGACAUUUGCAUCCGAUCAAGUCUGCUUUGUGAGAACCUACCGGCAGGCUUCAAGUUUUAUGGGAAGCCAACUGUAGACAUCUCCAAAGGAACUGCUAUGUUACAGGCAGCGUAUCAGGAUGAGAAUGGCCAGAUUCUGUUGGUCCGUGCAUGGCAUCGCCUUUGUAAAGAUGAUGGUAGAGGGGAUGUUGAACUCAGCUGCAAUGUUGGAGACACAAACAGUGCUUCAUCUGCCCAAAAAGCCACUCACUACUGGGGCCGGCCCCGCGAGAAUGCCGCGGAGGUGGACAUCAUCUUCUACAAUCCCCGGAGGGGAACCCGCUACACUGUAGAGAAGGUGGUGUCCGUGAUCGCCAACAGUGGACGGUUAAAAAUGUCCUUGGGUGUCUCAGUCCCAACGAACCGCUUCCAGAAGUUCCUUUCCAGAAGCGAUUCCACGAAUGAGACGGAAGGAGAUGGUGAAGAUGAGCCUUUAACUUUCCCGGAGAUUGAGGAGGAGCAUUGCUCAGCUUGGCGUGCCGAGUGGGACAAAGCAGAUAUUGAGAUCGCGGGAACUCGCAAAGCCUCUCGUUUCCAGCGUGCUGUGAGGUUGUUUCGUUUUCACCAAGUCUCUAGAGACGAUGCUGUGGGAAUUGGAGGCCGGAAAAAGCCAAAGGUGCAUCCGUUGGUGCGUGCUUUGUUCAAGAAUCUCCUUACCGAAUUGUGCUGGGAAGACAGUGCUGGUGAUCGACCUUCCUCAAUCAUCACUUCUCGCGUGCUGGUUCAUGAUCCCAGGACGCCACCAGUGGUCAGAAUAGAGCCAAAGGUCCCGCCAGACUGCCAUCGUAUGCGCUUCAAUGCAGCGUUAGGAUGGAGAUGGCAUCGCUUCACGCUUUCUCCUGGCAAAGUCCAGAUUUUGGUGCAGGGUCCGAUCUUAGUAUCACAGGUCAACAAUGAUGAUACUCAGCGCUCUGGGACCAGUGCUGCCCAGCAUGUGCGGAGUUUGCUUGAGGCUCAACUUCAUGGUGAUACUGUGAACCAGCCGCCGAAGUUCAUCAUCCCUACAAAUGAUGGGGAGGAGGGCGUUGAAGUCAAGGCAAAGCCUUGGCAUGAAGUGCAGGUGCAAUAUGCCCUGACAGAUUUGGGCCGCCCAGAUGGAAGCACCGGCGGAUUUUACGGUCUCAUGCGAAGAACGCGAUUCAUCAAGCUGGAGGUCUUGCGGCGGCUCUUUGCCGAGGACGGCGAGGCGUUUCGGCCCGGGCUCGAGGACUUCAGAGAUGAAACUCUCUCGCAGCCCUUGACCAACGCCUUGGCGUCCUUGGAGUCGGCUCCCCGACCACCUGGCUGGAAUCUAGGCGAUGAUGCUGAUCUCCACGUGCUGGAUGCUGACUCCACCAUGAGAACGCGCAUGCUGCUGCAGUACGAAAAGAACGAGCUCAAACGUGAUAUUGUUUUCCUGAAAGGAUGCUUUGAGCAACGUGAAGGUCGGCUACAAAUGCCUGGCUCUGGUGCUUCAGAGGACCUUCUGGUGGAGACGAUGACGGUCCAAGAAGCAAUGGCCAGGUGCCACACUUUGCGUGGCUGCGGUGGAUUCUGCUUCCAAGGCGACAUGACCACUUCGGCUGUGACGAUCCAUUUCAAAGGCUUUGGGCACGAAGCAGUGAGUGCAGCGGUGGGCUGGACUUCCUUCUACUUUGAACAUGGGGAACGAGCUUUGAUCAAGCUGCUGGCUCAGCAGUAUCAGGCGCGCUUCUGCGACCCUGAAAAGCCCUGCAAAUCCUCAUGGGCGCAACACCCAGGGGCAGAGAUUGGAAGAUCGCGCAUGCUAGCCGCUACAGCCCAUGGCUUUGGAGACUGGAGACCGCGCAUGGCCUUUCACUUGGGGUAUGUUGCUGACUCCGAUGAGGAAGGCAGGAGGACUUGGGGCCAGCCCACCCCCAAGAAGCGGCCCCGUGAUGAGACUCAGGCCAAAGAUGUCAAUUUGGAAAGCUCAAGGAAGGGAGAGGGGCCUCCAAAGCGGCGACAGACUUUGCUGGCCUUCGCCGCAAAGGUGUCGCGGUGUUUGACCCCAGAGGUUUCGGAGCCCCCAGUGGCUCCAGAAGCUCCAGAGGCUCCGCCCCUGGCUCCGCCUCCUGCGGAUCCUGCGGCCGAAAGGAGCGAUGGGACCGGCGUCUCCGAGCCGACCGAGAGAUUCGUGGGAUACACCCUGCGGGACCUGCGCCGCGUGGUGACUGCCUCGCUGCGACGCUAUGGGCACCUGCUACACCUUGAGGAGCUGCAGGCGUUGCGGGCCUUUGAGGCCCUGUCGCUGCCAGCACAGCAGCUCUACGCUCGGCUUCUCUCGCGGAAAUGGCCGCAGUGGGUGUCCUAUCAAGGACUUGGUGCCAGGUACAAAGAGCUGGGUGAGGCUGCAGCCAAAGAAGCUGCGGCUGAACUGGCAAGUGCUACGCUGGGGCAGACAACGGCAUCGGGCGACGGAGAGUGGGGACCUUUGUUAGACACCUUGAAGGCCGCUGCAGACGCCACAGGCCCCACAGGCCCCACAGGCCCAACAGUCCCUGGUGACCAAGUGCCAUGGCUACUGGACUCUGCCGCUGAAACUGCUGCCAGUCUGUUGCAGCGAGCGCUGUCGCAGCCCAACUGCCAAGAGGACAACUACGGCAAACUGCUGUUGAGUGCCUUACCCGUUGCCGAGCUCCGUCGCAUGGGCCGGGGCCUUGGCACCGACGCCAAGUUUCGCAAAGGCUGCCUGGUGGAGAAGCUCUGUGCAGCCGCCACGAAGCAACGCCUACUGCAGACCAAGCAGAAACCCUACGAAGCGGUGGAGGCACUGGUCUCGCAAGCCUUGCGUUUGGGGCGCUGGUUGUGCUGUGCCGAUUCUUGGGGGCGUCGCACCUUGGUGCUGCUGGGAGAGCUCUUUCGCACCGAAAGUUGCGGAGCAGCAGAGGUUUCCUUCGUGCUCUUCACCACGAAGUGGCCAGAGUUUUCCUUCCAGGAGGCACGGCCGCUGUUCGCAGAUCGCGAGUCCCUGGACAACUUUCUGGCAGCGCGCGCGAUGGUGGCUGGGGAGGACUUCCAGCGACAUACGUUGGAAAGUGCUGAGAGUGAUGCCAGCGUGGCUGAGGAAGGCUUGCGGCAAGCAUCAUCCGCGGCCAAUGACUUUGAGGCAGCCAAGUUGCGGGAUCCCUUCCGUCGCCGAUUUACAGCGGCCUGGUGUUAUGCCGAGGCACUCCAUCACGCAGUGACAAAUUCUCCUGCUGUGGGUCAUGAUGCAGAACUUCAAAGUGCCAAAAUCCGGCGGCUGGAGCUGCUACUCAGCACCAAGCUGUGCACUUCCAAACGGGGCCGUUGGUAUGCGGAAUUGGCCAAAGAAGUGUCAAGAACCAAAGGUGUCGCUGUGGCCAUGGAGAUCGCAGCCCAGGGCCUUGCGGAGGGCAUGGACAUGGCAAGACCUCCUGCCACAGUGGACCUGACCAGUGAAAUGGCUUCUUCCCAGGAGGUGAAUGAUGAGUCCAAGGAGGAUCAUUUCAGGCCUUUGCCACGCGAUGCCCGCUGGGACCUGGCCCGGAGAUGCCGCACCUUGGCCAAGGCAGCGGCCCCGGCCCACGGCAAGGCCAAGGCCAAGAAUGCCUGGAGGCUGCGGCUGCAAAAAACCCAGGCCGCGCAGGCAGAUGGCGAUGGCAAGUGGCUCUCUGAGCUGGUCAGUCGCCUCGUUGAAGAAGAGGAGAAUGCCACAGGACCUAUUCGGAACCUGACCGCAACGAAGCUGGGACUGCCACAAGUGGCACCUGCUGAAAGCAACGGCAGCGCUGGGCGGCGCAGGAUGUUUGAUGGAUUUCGCCUGGAAGAGCUGACAGUAGAAGAACUGGCCAUGCAGCACUACUUGGGUGAUGGAGGGAACUUCCAAUGCGGUAUCCACUGUGAGGGUGCAGUUCUUCGCGAUUUGUUUGGCCUCCUCCUUUUCGACCAGAUGUUCCACUGUUCUGUGGAAGGAGCCUUUGUCUCAGCCUUUCAGGACGCGCCACUGGACCUCGCCACCGAGGCAUUCUACCCAUCACGUUCCACCGCCAUCGAAAAGCGUCUUGGAGAGCUGAGCGCCAUGGCUCCCAGCACCCUAGCAGAGGAGGUGCGGCAGAACUUCCAGCGGCUGCACGGCCAGCGGAUCCGGGGCAUCCGAUGGGAUCGCUAUGACGCGGAGGGCCAGUUCCUGCAAUCACCAAAAGAGGCCUCGCCUGCUGGUGAGAAGGGCACUGAAAGCGAAUCCAGUGCUGAAGAUGCGUCUAAAGUUGGAAAUGGACGACGAGUGCUUUGGACCAAUGCCGGCAUCGAAGUGGCGGGUGAAGACCGGCAGCUGGCUGCUGCUGCGGGCGCCAUUGGAGGUCGCGCACUGGCAGCGGCGUUCCGGCUGCUGUGCGAGGACUACAACUCUGCAGGGCUGCCAGAUUUGUUGCUGUGGUCCUGGCAUUUGACGUCUGCACCCCGUGCGCGCUUUGUGGAAGUGAAGAGCGAGCGGGACACAUUGGCCAGAAGGCAGCGGCUCUGGCUUUCCACCCUACGAGGUUCUGGUGCGGAAGCGGAGGUGUGUCAUGUGCGAGAUAAUCCAGUCGAGGUCAUCGUGGGCCGCACGUUGGACGUGCUGCGAACUACGGCUGCGGAAGGAACUCCUGGCCGGUCGAAACCUUUCCGCAACCUCAUCACAGACAGGGAUGGAACGACCAACAACUACUGCGACCGCUAUGCCUCCAGCGUUCAGUCUGCAUACAAUGCGGCUUGGCUCUCGAACUUCUCUCGGCACUGCGUGGACAAUGCCGUCUUCAUCACGGCAGCUCCUCUGGGAGGUCGUCCAAGUGCGGAAGGAUUGAUGGAGCUCUGUGUUGCACCCAGAGGUUAUUUCAUCUACACCGGCUCCAAAGGACGGGAGUACUACAGUGAUGCGACCCAGCAGCUUUUGGAGGCAGAAGAACUGCCCAAAGAGCAGCGAGAGCUGGUGGAGGAGCUUCAUCGCCGAAUCCUGGCUCUGUGCCAGCAGCCUGGCAACACCAAGUUCCUGGGCAUCGGUUCCGGACUUCAGCGAAAGUUUGGGGAGGUGACCAUGGCCAGAAAUGACCCUGCUGGCACUGUCCCAGAGCCUGAGAGCCGGCGUUUCAUGGCAGCUGUGCGCAGGGUAAAAGAAGAAUUAGAUCCAGAUGGCACAGGACUCGAUUUGCAUGACACUGGCACAGAUAUGGAGAUCUUCCCUCGCGUCAUGGGCGGGCGGCCGUCCUUUGACAAGGGCGAUGGCGUUCAACGCUUGGACCAGAAACUUGGUCUUCACCUUUCAGAAGGUCCAAACAUUGUUUGCGGCGACACGACCAGUGAUCUUCCAAUGGUACUUGCUGUGCUGCGAUUGAUGUGCGGGGACAAGGUGGUGGAUAGAUGGCAAGCCCGCCUUCGGCAAGAUGAUGCCACGGACGAACCUCAGGAGGAGGAUCCCUCAAGUGAUGCUGAGCUGGACGAGGCUGCCAAGGAGGAGGCUGAACGAAAGGCACGAGAGGAGGAGGAAGAGGAAAAGGAGGCGCGGAAAGUUGCCUCCAAGCUGGCCGUACUCUUCGUGAUAACACCAGACUCCUACAACAAGAGCAGGCGGGUUGCAGAUCAGGUCUUGAAGUGGUGCGAACUUUCUGGCGCCCAGUGUUCCAUCAUUCCAGCACCUGAUGUCUUGGUCUACACCCUUGCCAAAUAUGCAGAGGAGAAGACUGGAACAUCUGUGACUUUCCAUCAGAUAGGAGAUGGAGAUACCACGGCGUCCGACAAAGACAUAGACAAAGACUGGACCGUACCAGCACUUGGAAGUCGCUGCUCAGCCUGCACCAACUUCGCUUAUAGGGCUCUUGUGAAUGUGGCUAGUGAUAUCUAG